CAUAAGAGAAGUCAACAUGGGAAAGGCCAAUACCAUUUUAAUCAAAAUUGUGAGUAAAUUUGUGACUUUACUUGGUUUUGCAGGUGCUGGGUUUGCUAUUGCUGCCGAGGUUACAAGGGUCAAGGCAAAGGACGUGGAACCAACGGCACUCGGUAAAUGCAUCUAUCCAAGCUCUCCGGCAAUAAAACUUGCACACAUAGCAAUACUGAUCAUACUUAUUACCCAGAUACUUAUUAGUGUCUUAUUUUGUUGUUCUUGCCGUAAACGAAAUAGUUCCAACACCAAAUCAUCCCCUAUUAUUGGAGCAAUUGUUUUGCUCAUCUUAUCGUGGGGCUGUGCAAUUGGUGGUAUUAGUCUGCUAGUGUGUGCUGCUAAUCGCAACAGUCGUCAAGAGUUUAUCCCCUCAACAGGGCAGUGCUACACUGUAAGAUCUAGCUUGUUUAAAGCGGGUGGCUUUAUAGGCCUUGUUGCCUGUAUACUAGGCCAAUGCAGCUAUGGCCCGGACAAACGCAAGUCCGAACCAGAAGAGGUUCCGUAUCAAGGUGGCAUUGCCAUGGCAAAUUCUCGGUGUGAUACCGUACCUAUACAAUCGACCCACAAACAACAAGUGCAAUAUGUUCCUUGAUGUUUGUGGAGUUCUAGUAAUUAAGCUCAUGUCCUAAUCAUUCUUAAAUAAUUCAUACGUAGUAUAGUUUAAACUCCAAAAUUCUUUUGCAUUCUUCCAUAUCCUUUGUAUUGUAUUCUCUCACAUCUAUUAUUUUUCUAAUUGUUCAAAGACUUUAAUGAAUCACGCGCGACUAUCAAAAUCGGACCAUAUAUAAAAAACUCUUAGCGAUGUGAUAAAUGUAACAACU